GAAGGGUAAACGUCACCGCGUUUCGUCUCGCCGUGUUUUUGUCCCUCUGCGCACUCCUUACGUGUCAAUGUGGCUGUGUUGUUCUCAUGGUUCUCAUGAUGUGUGUACUCCACAUCAAAAUAUUAGUCAGUAAAAAGAAGUAAUAAUCAUGGGCGAUGAACAUCCACUCGAGGUUAGCAACACUAGCAGCUCCCGUUGUCCUUUCUUCAACGCUGUACCCGACGACUAUCGAUGCGAUGUGAUUCUUAAGGUGAAAAGAGCCACAGGGACAUUUUCACUAGUGGCAUGCCUUUUCAUGCUGUUUGCAAUAUGGCUGCUCCGCCGAUAUAACUCUUUGGCUCAGAAAAUGAUAUUCAGUCUGACAGUAGCUGCAGCUUUUGACAGUGUUGCUUAUGUUAUGGGAGAGUCUCAUCUAGAGGGAUCUCUGUGUAAUUUCCAAGCCUGGUGGCUCACAUAUUUUGACUGGACCGCACUGAUGUGGGUUUGUCUUAUUACAUUUAAUCUGUACCUGAACCUGGUGAGAGAAAUCAGAACUGAACGUUAUGAAAUACCUUAUCAUUUGGUGGCGUGGGGGGUUCCUCUGCUCAUGUCCACCCUCCCCCUGAUGGCUGGGUACUACGGUCCCUCUGGAGCCUGGUGUUGGAUCACAGAUAAGCAUGUCGGGUGGAGGUUUGGCAUAUGGUACAUUCCUCUGUUUAGCCUGAUUAUCCUCAUGACCUGCUGUUAUGCUCGAAUCAUCUGUGUGGCCAACGAGAGGAUGCGUUCCUGGUUAGGCACCUUCAACCCAGAAAGAGAGAGGAGGAAGAUCUCUCUAUCUGAAGAGAUCAGACCGUUAAAGUGGUAUCCCUCUGUCUAUCUGCUCGUCUCUAUCUUCCCUCUCAUAAAUCGACUUCAUAAUGCUGCUUACCCAGAGGAUCCUGUGUUUUCUCUGACAUUAUUGCACGUGCUCAGUGCUCCCUUGCAUGGACUUGCAAAUGCUCUUGUCUUCGGUAAGGACACCUGGAGUCAGUUGAGUACAACAGGAAUAAAGAUGGCUAUCCAGUCUCGACUGUGUGAUAGCACAAUGAUUGGAGAGUACCAUGCUGCAAAUGUAAGAUACACACAUGACCUUAGUACACACUCCGAUUCCGAUGAUGAGGACAACAAUGUCCUAUUUUACAGCCCGGACAUGAUCUUAAAAGAUAGGGGACCCUGGGAGAAUGUUUAGGAAGUGUGUGU